AUGGUCCCGCCAAACGUCCGCUUCGAAAUCGACGACUUCACCGAGCCAUGGCUGUACAAGAAAGACCACUUCGACUUCAUCCACAUCCGAUCCCUCUUCGGCUGCGUAGCCGACUGGCCCGCCUUCUACAAAGAGUGCUAUGACCACCUCCAACCCGGCGGCUACAUCGAACAACUCGAAUUCUCCGUCGUCCCCAAAUCCGACGACGGCACCGUAACCCCCGGCUCCAUCUACGACCGCUGGGGCAAGCUCUCCCUCGAACUCGGCGACCGCUUCGGAAAGUCGCUGCGCACAGCCGACGAACAGCGCGCGGGCAUAGAAGCCGCUGGCUUUAUAAACGUCGUCGAGCAUCGCUGGAAGUUGCCUGUGGGUGGCUGGCCGGCGGAUAAGCGGUUCAAGGAGCUCGGGCAGUAUAACAGGAUUAAUUGGGAGCAGGGUAUUGAGGGGUGGAGUUUGUAUCUGCUUACCACGAUUAUGGGGUGGACGAAGCAGGAGGUCGAGGUUUAUCUUGCGCAUAUGAGGACGGCGUUGAGGACGAGGGGGAUUCAUGCGUAUCAGGAAGUGUCGCUGGUAUACGGACAGAAGCCACCGCGGCCAAGGAAGGAUGAUGAUGAAUGA